AUGGUCGGUCGACAAAUCACUUGGAUCUCCAGUUGGAAACCGCAGCGUCGAACAACAACUAGCAAUGGACGAACACCACGAUACAGCCAUUGGGUUCGCUAUAAUACCUUCUAUGGACUGGUCUUCACAACAACGCUCGCAACCCUUCUCCUCAUGGCGGAUCUCAUCGAAUGGCGCGCAACGGGUUACCUCUUUGUCCUAGCCAAUAGGUUCCCUGGCACAGUCGCCCUUAUUGUGCAACUUCUGGCUGCCUUUUUCGGUCUCAUCCAUGUGGCUGUCGUGUGCAGACUGAUCAACUAUGCACUGCGGUUGCGACUCAGGAAAGCCAGUGUCACCUUGGAUGUCCUCCGUACUUGGGUUGAUAUGAGCAUUCCACGGAUUGAUUGGGACCUCCCACUACGCUUCUUCUUCCCGGUGUUAUUGGUAGUCUUCCUCAGUCUCGUUCCUGCAGCGCUUUGGGCUGGUUCCAUAACACCAUUCAUCGACCGUACAACCACCACAGGCAUGCUGCUCCUCCCAAGCUACGAAGAUGUAUCCCUCAUCAGAGAGUAUCCCAUGGAGAUCGGCACCUCUGGUCCAUCUUUGCGUACCCAAAAGGGUUUCUUCACUUACUCAGUCGGCGUCCAGCACGUCGGCAACCUUCUAUCAUCCGCGGCAUCCGCGUCCUCCUCAACCACUGGCAAACGCCUCGUCCACCCCAAAUUGGACAACACGCAGUUCAGCUACAUAGGUCGGAGUUAUGGCGUCGGUGCCCCUGCCGGGCUUACAGACAUGUCCAUCUCGUCCAACUCCCAAGUCGCAGGCUACAUCUACCAAGAGGAAGGAUACCUCUGCAACGUCACCUGCAUCUACAACCGCACCUCCGCAUUCCGGUUGCGCGGCCCCGUCGCAGAGUGGAUAUACGAAGCCUCGGGUAAUCUCCCCGACAGCGUGGACUCGGGCGAAAUGUCGGCCUACAUCGGGCACACGGGCGACGCCAUCGUCGCCAUAGGCGUCGCGCACAGCGAAAGGAGCCCUCGCCGCUACCUCGCCCUCGCGGCCGGCCCGUCGUACGCCUUCCUGAACUCGACACAAUGCGCGCUCGACUUCACGCCGCACCUAUUCAACGUCACGGUCGACAUUGCGAACCUCAACAUCAGCGUCGUCCCUGCCAACCCCAUCCCAGACUUCAACCCCCAACGCAACCUCACCAGGACGGUGAUGCGGCAAUUCGAGCUCCUGUCCAACGACCUGACGAACCUGUACGUCUCGCUCCUCGGCGACGCCCUCAACGCCAGCAUCGCGGCGUACAACAUGUCGCGGCCGCCCAACGCGGGGCGCGACCCGGUCAGCGUCAGCGAGGAAGCCGCCACGCUCGCCGGCCUGACCAACAGCAUCACGGCCAUGGCCGACGACAUGCUCGCCGCGUACGCGAGCGCGCAGCUCAUGGUGGGGAAAACCUUUACGCAGAAGCGAGAUGUGCAGGUGUACCUGUAUGGUCUGCAGUUUGGGCAGCGCGUGUACAUUUACGCCAUCUUCGUCUUCAAUUUGCUCGUCCUGGGUGCCGUGGCCGGGGAGGCGGUGCGCACGAGGGGUUGGAGGGAGCUGGGGAGGUUCAAUUAUCUUGAUCCGAGGGACUUGGUGAUUGCGGCUAGUAGGGGUGGGGAGGGCGUGGCGUGGGCGGCGGAUGGGUUGGCGAGGAGACAUUCGAAGAAGAAGAAGGGUGCGGGCGAGAAGAGGAAGAGCAUGAAGCAUGUCUGGCUGCUGAGUGAUCCCGACGAGGGGAAUGGGAGUCUGUCCAUCAGGAUGAAAGGGGAUGGGGAGGGGCAUGUUGGGAUCGUGGUAAGGAGUCCGCUGUUCCCACCCAGUCCGGAUCCCGAGAAGGGAGAGCGGGGUGGUGGUGGUGGUGGUGGUUUUGAAGAUGGCGGCGAUGCUGUGGAUGCGGAUAAGAGGGCGGCGCAGAGGGAGUGGGAUCGACGGAGGAGGCAGAAGCAGAGGGUGGGCUUGUUCGGGAGUAUGUGA